ACCAUAUCUUGCUUGAGAGAAAGGGUUAUGGUGAGUGCCACAUCCUGUGCAACCAUUCUCUGAACCUGUAGAAUAUUUCCUAAAGGAUAAGACCCUAAGGUGAGAAACGUUACAGAGGAGAAGAGAAGGUUCGGUCAGCAACAGAAAGACCUUAUACAGUUGAAAGGUAAGUAAAGAAGAAGGCUGCUGGCUAAUGCUAAAGAGCUAUAAUGAAGCAGAAGGGUGAAGCUGAAGACAGUAAAACUCUGAUCACCCUUUCUGAGCUUGCUGACCAUAACUACGGAACCAUGGAUGUUUCUGGAUCACCUCAAAUGGAUACGAAUGUGUUUAGUGAUGGAGUCACGUGCAUUGAUUUUGUGCUGGUAUGGGAGGAGCCAGUAAAUCAGUCUGUUGAACCAGAAGAAAAAUCCUUUAACACCACAAAUGAUAUCCACAGAAAGUGGAGGACAGAUUUCCUGUCCAGGUUGCAAACCUCUGGCCUGCAUCAGGAGAUGAAAGAGGUUGUGCAGGGCAAGACAAAGACAACAUACGUGCUUUUGAAUGCCCCCUGGAAAGUGCUAUGUUAUUACGCAGAGGAGAUCAGCCUCCGGGUACCAUUGCAGGUUGAGACAUAUCGAGAAUCCAACUGGUCGGAAACAGCUCUCAGAAAGUUACACAUCCCCAAUACCUUAGCUCAGGAUGUACCCAAUCCUCCACCAGACUACUACACCUGCCAGUUCCGCUCGAACAAGCUAGAGAGGUUUCUUGGUCAUGAAAAUAAAGACACUUUCUUCAAGAAGACACAGAGACAUCAAAUUUUGUAUGAGAUAUUAGCGAGGACACAGUUUGGAGCAUUAAAAAGGGGAGAGGUUGGGAUAGGCAGGCUGGUCAGUGAGAAUGUGUUCACUGCUGCCUAUCCCUUACAUGAGGGGAAUUAUCAGGUACCCAAAAGUCAAAUUAACCCUGACUCCCUGAGCAUGAGGCAGAUCUUGUACCAAUAUUGGGCACGCUGGGGCUGCUGGAAGAAGUACCAGCCUCUGGACCACAUCCGGGAAUAUUUUGGCGAGAAGGUUGCACUCUAUUUUGCCUGGUUAGGGUUCUAUACAGGGUGGUUACUUCCUGCUGCAGUUGUAGGCUUCCUCCUGUCUCUCUUUGGAAUCUGGUUAAUGGUCACAGAUGUCCCAGCUAAAGAGAUCUGCAACAGUGGUGACAGAAUUGUCAUGUGCCCAAUCUGUAACAUCUGUAGUGACUGGAAUCUCUCCAGCAUCUGCUAUACAUAUAAAGCAGGAUUAUUAUUUGACAAUGGUGGAACAGUUUUCUUUAGCAUCUUCAUGUCCCUCUGGGCAGUCACCUUCCUGGAGUACUGGAAGCGUACCUGCUCUGUACUGGCCCACAAAUGGGACUGCUCCGAGUUUGAAGAGACUGAGGAAAGGCCAAGGCCAGAGUUCACUGCCAUGGCACCAAUGACAGUCCAUAACCCUGUAACAGGGGCUGAGGAGCCACAUUUCCCAGAAACAAGCCGGUUUCGGCGCAUUGUGACUGGGAACAUGGUCAUCAUUCUGAUGGUUGCUGUAGUUUUGAUGUUCCUGAUAGCAAUUAUUCUCUAUAGAACCAUCCUGAGCAUCAUCAUCUAUAAGUCUCAGAAUACUUUUUUUAUAUUCUCUGCUGGGAGAAUAGCAAGUCUCACCGGCUCAGUGCUUAAUUUGGUGGUGAUUAUGUUACUGUCUAAGGUCUACACACGUCUUGCCCAAAUCCUGACCCAAUGGGAAAUGCACCGUACUCAGACCAAAUACGAAGAUGCUUUUAUUCUUAAAGUGUUCGUCUUCCAGUUUGUCAACUUCUACUCCUCUCCUGUGUACAUUGCAUUUUUUAAGGGCAGGUUUGUUGGAUACCCUGGAAACUAUUAUACACUUUUUGGGAUUCGAAAUGAAGACUGUGGUGCUUCGGGAUGUCUUAUUGAGCUUGCUCAGGAGUUGUUGGUCAUUAUGGUAGGCAAACAAAUAAUCAACAAUGUCCAGGAAUUUGUUCUUCCUAAAUUUAAGGCAUGGUGGCAGAAGCGGAAACUUAAAAAAGAGAAUGGAGUAAAUGAUCAAGACAAUGUGGCACCCUGGGAAACGGAUUAUAGUCUUUUGGUGUGUGAGGGUCUUUUUGAUGAAUAUCUUGAAAUGGUCCUGCAGUUUGGUUUCAUUACAAUCUUUGUCGCGGCCUGCCCCUUGGCACCACUCUUUGCCCUGGUGAAUAACUGGGUGGAGAUUCGUCUGGAUGCACAGAAAUUUGUGUGUGAAUACCGCAGACCUGUGGCUCAGCGGGCACAGGACAUCGGGAUCUGGUUUACAAUCCUAGAGGUCAUCACCUAUCUGGCUGUAAUUAGCAACGCUUUCCUGAUUGCUUUCACUUCCGAUUUCCUGCCACGUCUCUACUAUCGCUACACGACUGAGGGCACUCUGAAGGGCUACAUUGAUUUCACCCUCUCUGUUGCACCGAACAACUUCACCCAAAGUGAUAAGCAGUGCAGAUAUCGUGGAUUUAGGGAUGAAAGAGGACAUCACACUGAGUAUUAUAAUCUACUGGCUAUUCGACUAGGUUUCGUCAUUAUAUUUGAGCAUGUGGUAUUCUUAAUUGGUCGCAUGAUUGACUGGAUGGUACCUGAUGUCCCAGAAGAGGUAGAGGUUAAGAUCAAGAGAGAAUAUUACAUGGCUAAAGAAGCACUGGCUGAGAAUCAGGUGCUAGAAGCAGCUGUGGAACCCUCUGGAUUACGACGCCGAGGAAUAUCUAAGAGUCCCACACCUUCACCUCAUGAAACCACAUCUCAUUUGCCAAGCGUGCCUGUUGAGGACACUUCUAAAGACAUUUGACAUUUAUCCAGGAGUUGAAUGAGUGGGCAUGUGUUUAUAAGACUAUAAGAAAAACACAGAGGGUUGGUUUGUUAAAAUCAACCAUUAAAUAAGAAUCAAUUAAUUAAACUAUUGCACAAAUAUUCAAAUAAUCCACUGACAUUUUCUGUCUACCUGUUCCAAUACAGGGGUUUCAAUAUGUUAUAUUUUUCAUGAUUUACAAUACUUGGAGAACCCAUACUGUAUUAUUAUUUAUCAAAUAAAUUCCUAAAAGAA